GCGAUUAUGCGACGCAUACGCUCCGUUCGUCAACUAUUUUCCUCCGCAGGACAGCUUCUGCCGGUGGUUUUGGGGAGUAAACAUGAAGGAAAACACGAAAUAAUUCAUCAUGGCUGCUUGUUUCACUGCUUGACCCUUCUUUAAAUCACCAUGCAGUCAUACAUUUUAUUGAAAGGAACAGCCGCAGCUGUGGCUGCUCGAAGACUCCGGACCAUUUUGGGUCCCGUCAUGUCAAGGGAAGGCUGGACAUGGAGCAGGCAUGAGGUCAAACUCUUAAACACUUCAUCAGGUGACACCGUGGCGAUAGGGGAGAUCUCCUAUAAGCUCAAGACACCUAGAAACCCUGAACUCGUUCCAGUGAAUCACAUGACCGAGUCCAUGCCACAGACAGUCGCUCAGCACCUUCGCUGGAUCAUGCAGAAAGAUUUGCUGGGACAGGAUGUGUUUCUGAUUGGGCCUCCUGGCCCACUGCGCCGCACCAUUGCCAUGCAGUAUCUGGAGCUGACCAAAAGGGAGGUUGAGUACGUGGCUCUAUCCAGAGACACGACUGAGACUGAUCUCAAGCAGCGCAGAGAAAUCCGCUCUGGCACAGCCUUUUACAUAGACCAGUGUGCCGUGAGAGCGGCGACCCAGGGCCGAAUUCUGGUUCUGGAGGGGUUGGAGAAAGCCGAGAGGAACGUACUGCCUGUCCUCAACAACCUGCUGGAGAACCGCGAGAUGCAGCUAGAAGAUGGACGCUUCCUCAUGUCGGCCCAGCGCUAUGACAAACUGCUGCAGGAGCACACUAAAGAAGAACUGGACCAGUGGAAGAUUGUGCGUGUGAGUGAGGAUUUCCGGGUCAUCGCUCUGGGGCUGCCUGUGCCACGCUACAAGGGCAACCCUCUAGAUCCACCCUUACGCUCUCGAUUCCAGGCUAGAGACGUCUACUACCUGCCCUUCAAGGACCAGCUGGAAAUCCUGUAUAGUGUUGGACCAAAUGUGAAAGCUGAAAGAGUGUCUCAGCUCCUGUCAUGUGCUACCACUCUUUGCUCACAAGAAUCUGCCAAUCUGGGUCUUCCUGACUUUCCUGUGGACAAUCUACCAUCUGCUAUCAAAGUGCUGGACUUGUUCCCCAUGCUGUCCGCUCAACAGCUGCUCCAGAGACUCUACCCGUAUGAGACCAUGCUGGGGAAGGAGGGUCGAAAUGCAGUGGAGGGUGUGCUCAGUCGUUUUGAGCUGAUGGAUGGAAAGAAGCAGCAGUCUCCCCGUGCUGUGGUACAUGUGGAGCCGGGGAAUACCGGAGAAGCAUCAGUUGCCCUCAGUAUUGCUGAAAAAAUCAUUUCCUUCCAGGUUCCAGCAGGGUCACGGCGUCCCCGGGCCCCCGACAGCAGUCCGUCUUUCAUCAGCACACCCACCCACGCUCGCCUGCUUGCAGAGAUGAUGCAGUCUCACCUCGUCAAAGACAUGUGUCUCAUCGGAGCCAAGGGUUGUGGCAAAUCUGUGAUUGCCAAAGAAUUUGCUGAAAUGCUUGGCUAUAGCAUUGAGCCAAUCAUGCUCUAUCAGGAUAUGACUGCGCGGGACCUGCUCCAGCAGCGAUACACGCUGCCUAACGGUGACACGGCCUGGAGGGCAUCUCCGCUGGUCAGCGCUGCUCAGGAGGGCAAGCUGGUACUGCUGGAUGGCAUCCAUCGGGUUAAUCUAGGAACUCUGGCUGUGCUGUCCAGGCUGCUGCAUGAUCGAGAACUGGCUCUGUAUGAUGGAACUCGGCUCCUGAGAUGGGAUCGUUACCUCGCUGUGAAAGAAGAGCUCCAGCUCAAUGACCACGAGCUGCAGGAGAGGCGUAUCUAUCCCAUCCAUCCUUCAUUCCGGGUUAUCGCUCUGGCCGAGCCGCCGGUGGUAGGCAGCAGUUCUCAGCAGUGGCUCAGUCCUGAGCUCCUCACCAUGUUCUUCUUCCACACUGUCAGACCUCUUGCCAAAGUGGAGGAGGCAGCAAUUAUCCAUCAAAUGACGCCGAAUGUUCCAAAAGAAGCAGUGGAACAGUUGCUGCAUUUGACCCACAACCUGAGAAGCACCAACGACCCAACUGCCCAGUCUUUGGCUUCUUCAUUGUCCACCAGGCAGCUGUUACGAAUUUGCCGCCGUCUGUCUCAGUAUCCCGAAGAAAGUAUCGCUCAUGCUGUGAAUAAAGCCUGCUUGUCUAGGUUCCUCCCUAGCCUGGCACGCUCUGCCCUGCAGAAAAACCUGGCGGAUUCUUCAAUAGAGGAUGGGACUGAUCCAGUGACAAACCUAGAGCUAAAACAAGACAUCACCUGCACGAUUAGAGAUGGAGUUCUCACCAUAGGCAAGGUCUCCGCUCCUGUCUAUAGCCCUGACGAGAAGAUGAAGGUCCCUGAUGUACUUUUUUAUGAGAACGCUCAGCACAUGAUGAUUAUGGAGGACAUGCUGAAGGACUUCUUGUUGGGGGAACACCUACUGCUGGUGGGCAAUCAGGGUGUGGGGAAGAACAAAAUUGUGGACAGAUUUCUGCAUCUAAUGAACAGACCCAGAGAGUAUCUGCAACUACACAGAGACACUACAGUUCAGACGUUGACUCUUCAGCCAUCUGUGAGGGAUGGGAUCAUUAUUUAUGAGGACUCUCCACUGGUGAAAGCUGUAAAGAUGGGACACAUUCUGGUAAUAGAUGAGGCAGAUAAAGCCCCCACUAAUGUCACCUGUAUCCUGAAAACUCUGGUGGAGAGUGGAGAGAUGAUCCUGGCUGAUGGCAGAAGAAUAGUGUCAGAUCCCAUGGAAGCAGAUGGGAGAGCCAAUGUUAUAACCAUGCAUCCAGAUUUUCGCAUGCUUGUUUUAGCUAAUCGACCAGGCUUUCCUUUCUUGGGAAAUGACUUCUUCGGAGCUCUUGGGGACAUCUUUAGUUGUCAUGCAGUGGACAACCCGAAGCCCAAGGCAGAGUUGGCUAUGCUAAAGCAGUAUGGGCCCGACGUUCCUGACACAGUUCUCCAGAAACUCGUGGCAGCAUUUGGAGAGCUGCGUGCUAUGGCAGACCAAGGAACCAUCACUUACCCAUACUCCACUCGGGAGGUGGUCAACAUUGUCAAACAUCUGCAGAAAUUUCCAGACGAGGGCCUGGCUAACGUCGUGAGGAACGUGUUCGACUUCGACUCCUACAACAAGGACAUGAGAGAGGUUCUGAUUGCAGCCCUGCACAAGCAUGGGAUUCCCAUCGGAGCCAAACCCACCAGCGUCCAUCUGGCCAAGGAGUUUCCGUUACCAGACUGUAAGAUGGCUGGGUAUUGGACUAUAAACCAGGGUGGAGGUGCACGGCGGAAACUGCUGUGUCCUACCGAAUCCCAUCGAAUAGAUAUCAAGGGCCCAGUGUUUUUAAGAGUACAGGGUUAUCCAUUGGAGAGGCACGAGGCCAGAGCGAUGAGCUUCACAGAGGAGUACGUGCACUGGCAGCUACCCAUGAAUGAAGUUAACAUCGUCUGUGACGUCACUACUGAUAACGAUAUGAUUUAUGUGGCAACGUGUAACCCUGUGUCACUGUACGCCAUGCGUGAGCGGGCAGACACGCUGCACUCCAUUGAGCUGUAUGAUGUCUUUCCUCGCACUAUCAGCGGAGUGUGGCAGCCUUUCAUCACUGUGGCUGCACUGGGCAGCCCGCUUAAGGGCCAGGUGGUGCUUCAUGAGGAGCAGACUAACACAGUGCUGCAUGUGGACCUGGCAACCGGUGCGGUGAGGAGACUCGUCCUGUCUCCUGGUAAAGAGGAGGAACCCAUGCGCAAAACCUCCAACUGGUGGAAUGCGAAAGACUCUGAGUCAGCAUCCAAAAUGUGCCGGGAGUUUGCCCACAAGAACUGGAUCCUGUUCUACCAAACUGAUGGGAAUCAGCUGGACGUUCUGGAUGUGCUAGAGGGCCAAGUCCACACCAUCACCCUCCCCAUCAAUGUUAAGGCUGUAUUCUUGGUGGCUGAAGACCGCUGGCUGUUAAUUGAGAGCAAAACUGACAGGAAAUUCCUUUUGACCAAACCCAUGCACAUGGGAGCAGAGGAGUCAGAUGUUUGUCAGCUUCAUACCAUCAGUGAAGAGGGUGUCAGCAGUGGCUUUGGCACCAGCUCAGGGAUGGAACGUGCCGCUCCUCAGGAUGUGUCCAGUGAGCAGCUGCCCAAUGAGAACCUCAGCGCUGCCCUGGGACAAAGGAUCGUCUCACCAAACCGCCUCGUCUGUGACAACAACACCUACGCUAACAUCGUAGUGGGCUUUCCGGACCUGCUGUCUCCGAAUGAGGUGUACAGCUUUCAGAGGAAAUCAUCCAUCACUGAGGGCAGAGGGCCCGACAUGUUUUUUGGGUCGAGUCGUCGCACGGGACCUGCGAAAAGAGCCAACUGCAUCAGUCUGGUAGCAGCCAAUCAGAUCGUGCGAGCUCUUCCCCCUACUCAAGUACCUCUGGCUGAGAUCUACCCAAAAGAUGUCACCCCACCUUUGUCUUCUGCCUACUUGGAGGUGACGGAUCUGAACACCAAGAAAGUCAAGUAUAUUCCAGUACCAAGGACGAUGUCCGUGUCUCCUUACACGGCAUGGAUCUCUAAGGUGUCAGACACUGAUGUGCUGAUCGCUCCACUGGGCUCUGGUGGGGUUGUGACUGUAGAUAUGGGAGGCUAUGUGAGGGUGUGGGAGACAGGUUUGGACAAUUUACAGCGCUCUCUGCUGGAGUGGAGGAACAUGAUAGGCUCCGAGGACGGCCGACCUGUCCAGAUCACCAUUCAGAGAGACAGUGGUCUUGAUGUUAGCGCACCUAAACAUGGCAAGAUUGACCCUAUGAAUGCCCCUCAUGUAGGGGGUAAUCAGUGGGCAGGAGGCACCGGGGGCAGAGACACUGCAGGCCUCGGUGGAAAAGGAGGUCCCUACCGUCUAGAUGCUGGCCACCAAGUCUACCAGAUCUCCCAGGCUGAGAAAGAUGCUGUACCUGAAGAAGUGAAGAGAGCUGCACGAGAAAUGGCCGAGAAGGCUUUUAAAGCCAGAUUGAAGGAGAUUCAGAUGAGUGAGUAUGAUGCCGCCACCUACGAGCGUUUUUCCGGAGCCGUCCGACGCCAGGUCCAGUCCCUGCGCAUCAUUCUGGACAGCCUGCAGGCUAAAGGAAAGGAAAGACAGUGGCUGAAGAACCAGGCUUUAGGGGAACUGGAUGAUGCCAAGAUUAUUGAUGGCCUGACUGGAGAGAAAGCCAUUUACAAACGCAGAGGAGAGCUGGAGCCAGAGCUGGGCACACCUCAGCAGAAGCCCAAGCGCUUGCGUCUGCUAGCUGACGUGUCGGGCAGCAUGUAUCGCUUUAAUGGUGUGGACGGCCGUCUGGAACGCUCCAUGGAGGCUGUGUGUAUGGUGAUGGAGGCACUAGAGAAUUAUGAGCACAAGUUCAAGUAUGACAUAGUUGGCCACUCUGGGGAUGGAUUUGAUAUAGAACUGGUCAGAUGUGACAAAGUGCCAAAGAACAACAAACAGAGACUGACAGUCUUGAAGACCAUGCAUGCACACUCUCAGUUCUGUAUGAGUGGAGACUACACGCUGGAGGGCACGGAGCAUGCUGUAAAGGAGCUGGCACGAGAGGAGGCUGACGAGCACUUUGUCAUUGUGCUGAGUGAUGCCAAUCUGGAGCGCUAUGGGAUCAGCCCUGACCGCUUUGCCCGCGUACUCACCAGCAACCCUCAGGUCCAUGCCUUUGCCAUCUUUAUUGGUUCUCUUGGGGACCAGGCUGAGAGGCUCCAGAGAACCCUGCCAGCGGGCCGUUCUUUUGUCGCCAUGGACACCAAAGAGAUACCUCAAAUCCUGCAGCAGAUCUUCACCUCCACGAUGUUGUCCAGUGCCUGAACACGCCCUACCACCCAGGAUUCCUGUCCUGAGCUCUGUGGACUGCAGAUUCCAGUCUUGAGAAGUUUUCUGCAUUGUUACACAUGUCGAGUUUUUAGUUUUUAAUUAAUUAAAUAUAUUUAAUGUGUCACAUUAAUCACUACAUAUUGUUAUUGAGUUUGGAUACUGUUAAUCCAUUUCAUUUCACUGUAUUGAAGAAGUGUGUCUUGUGUGCAAAAAGAUAAAGGGAUGAUUUUAACUGCACAGGGGUCUGACUGCAGCCUUAAUGCCAUGUUAAAAGAAGCCAGUGUUACAUAUGACCUGUCACCUGAUGGAUCUGUUUGGGUGAGUUUUCUCAGGAUCCUCCUUUCUCCUAAAGAUCAUGGAGUGGACAUAUCCCAUGAGAAAGCGGCAGAGUGAGGCAGAAAAAUCACACUCACCUUAUCACCUUAGUGUCCCUGGUUAAUCUCUGCCUAUCUGAAAAGAAAGCAGAUUCUUAAGGACUCCUGUGCCUCUGUCUUAGAGAUAUAAAGAUGAAAAAAGAAAAUAACACUGAGAGUGGAUGAAAGUAGCUCACUUAUAAGACAUAUACUUAGCUUAAAAACUAAACUUAAGCUGGUGAAAUUUUUUGAUCAACUCUAAGCAGUUUUGAGAGACGAAGCUCAGGUUAUUUUUAUCUUGUUGACCUGUAACCCAGUGUGAGCCUUGCAUUUUUAACUGAACUUGAGCAUGAUUUUUACUCAGCUUCCUGCCUUUUCUGACCUCUUGGCUUAGGUGUUUUGGCGCUAGCAGGACUGAUUGGAACGUUGCCGAUCUGACCCCUGGCAUUCCCCAUUUAACUGUACACACUCCUUUAGCACUACUUGCGCAAGUCCACCCUCCCCUUCCUCUGGCUCAGCCUAGAAUCCUCGGCUCUGUCGGGAUGCAUGUGUUUUUCCUGUGUUCCAAGCAUGCCUUUUCCUUCCUGCGCUGCUGGAGCUGCUGUUACGCAGCCAGGCUGCCGUGCGCCUCCCGGGUGCUUGAGGAUUCCAGGCUCGGGCUCGAGUUACACCAUGCUCACUGGGUGUUGCUGGGGAGAAAGUGGACCCGUAAUUUAUAUGAGCCGAAUAGCAAGCUGUGGAGAGCUGCGGAUCAUCAGCAGGUGGCACGAACAUGUGUGUGGAUGGAAGAUGGAUUUGGCUGUUGGUCACAUGUACUUUUUUUCAGUAAACUCUGGCUGGGUGGAAUGGGACAGCACUGCUAUGCAUUCAAGGGCAAAAGAAAUAGGGAGUGAGAAAAGCUGCAAACUCGUCAGCAUUGUUAAUGAGUGAAUUCUGACGGCACAGCUUGAAAAAUAAAAACAUUUGAAAUUUUAAUCCAUGCUGUGUGUGUGUGUGUGUGUGUGUGUGCACCUGAUGUACAUGCUCAUAUCCUGUGAUUGUCUAAUGAUCUGUUACUAGAUUUCAUAUGACAUUUAAAAAAGAUCAAAUAAAUCUUAAAAAAUAAACACCAUUAUAUUUUCUUGUCAUGGGGGAUUUGGAUUAAAACCACUGACAGGAAGCACCCUGCUGACUGUGUUAUGUCUUGUAUUUACAGUGUAGAUGCCUCCACAGAUAAAAAGAAACAACAUUUCACUUAGCAGCACAAGGCAGGGAUUUUCCACUGCUAACAGAGGUGGCUGUUUGGUGUAUUUCUAGAGGGCACAGCAGUUUUCGUCCGUGUUGGUCACUUUUUCCGUCUGCUAAAGAACAAAAUGAAGGAUCAGCAAAUUGCUCUGCUAAGUUUUACUGUCCUGCCCACCCAAGCCAACUCAUGGACUUUUCCAUUACAUCUACAUCUCACAUGGUUAUGAUUAUAUGAUUGUAAUUUCAUAGUACUUUUAAUGCACACUCCUUCAUCCAGUUCUGUAAAUAUACGCCCCGUUCUGUCUGUUUUGCCAUUCCUCAUCCGUCCCCUGCUCCUCAUUCCCUGACUACAGUCUGUGGUCUAAGGUUAACUAAGUCAAGUUUACAAAACACAUUUGCACUCUGCUCUAAAGUUACUUAUCUUACUUUGUUUCCUACCAAGAAAUCUUAAGGGUGGGCUCUACUGUUAAUAAUUUACUCAGCAAAGAUUUCCAGCUAAGAUCACUUCUCCCAACAAGGUCAAGUGUCACAUACUACUUCUAAGGGAACAAUUAGGAAAUGUCUGUGUAGCAAAUAUUACGUAGUCAGCUUUUCAGCCUCUGUGGUUUUUCACUGAAAAUAAAGAAAUCUUCUUCUUUUUCUUCUUCUUCUUCUUCUUCUUCUUCUUCUUCUUCUUCUUCUUCUUCUUCUUCUUAAUCUCAUUUUAUACACAAUUUAAGCAUCUUUGUUACCAGAAAAAGCCGGCAGUUGUGGUGUCGUCCAUCGACUGGCUUGUUGCGUGGUCCAUGUGUUCCAUGACUGAUUGACUACAAGUGACUAAUGCAUUGCAACACACCUAUUUAAUCUAUUUUUACACUAUUGUGUUGAGAAACUGUGAUGUAUAGACCUCUACGAUGCUCAUAAUAGUAGCUGUUAGGAUUUACUAGCUUUGUUCAAGCUUGCAAAUGUUUUCCUCUCAUGUGUCUCAUUUCAGUUGUGUAAGUACACAUGGGGAGGGCAGACAUAACAAAGGAUCCAUUGCCUUAAUACAUGUAAUGCCAUGUUGUAUGUCAUUUUCCUCAGAUUCCUAUUGAUUCCAUUUCUUCUUUGGUGGCUUUUUUUUUCUUUAGGUUGAAGGGAAACUCGAUCCUGUGACACGCUUCUCUGCAUGUGAUAGCAUUUAGUGUGACCUGCUACAGAGAAUGUGACUAUCCUCACUCUCUAUUGCAUAAUGUCCUGUUGCUACUGUACAGUCAUGCUCACUAGGGCCUUAGGCAGUAUUCUCCAGGCCCUGCCUGAACUCUUCACAGCAUGACCUUGACUUACACGUGUGCUCUAUAUUAAGACCUGCUACAGCUGAGUGCAGAAAGCCUGCGUACUCUUAGGACAAUUUAAAAAGACACAAAAUAUUUAUGUGAAUAACGGCGUUUAGAUCCUGAGUACGUUUUUGUGUGUGUAAAAAGAAACGAAAACAAGUUCAACCGAGUGUUAAGGAAGUGGUCAUUUGUAACUGUUUCCCUGAGGUAUAAAUGUGAGGUUACUCAGAGGCCACGCUUCAAAUGUAGAGAGUUUUUUUUAGUCUUAGAAUAGUUUCAAUUCAUUUCUCGCAUAUUUUAGUGCUAAUUAAACACAAAGACAAUUCUCAUAAUCUUUACUAAGGGUGCUGAUCAAUCUGGAGCUUUCCACGGAUUCAUUUUAAUUGUUUAUUUUGCACAUUUCUUUAAUAUGCUAUUUUGGAUGCUUUAUCUUAACACAAAAGGGUUCUAGUAUCCUGAGAUAACAGUGAGCCUGACCCCUGCACUUUGGAGCUGUAUGAUCCAUCCUGAUGCCAUACUUCUGGAGUCUCAUCACCUGAAAUCCACUCACUGCUGCUGAGGAUGCUCCACAUGGACAGCUUGGAGAUACAUGAUAUUACUGUGGAAGACACCACUUAGAAACCUUGAAGAUGUAGUACCUCAGUGGUUAAGGAGUUAGACCACUGAUCAGACAGCCAAGGUAAAACCAAGCUGCCACUGCUGGACCCUUAACCCUCAGUUGUAUAAAAUGAGACAAAUUGUAGGUCUCUCUGGAUAAGGGCAUCUGCCAAAUGUAAGAUGAAUUCGAGCUGGAUUUUUCACUCAAGUCUGUAUCAGUGAACAACUGAUAACCUCAGAUAACAAACUAGAAUGAAUUUCCUGGUUACACAGUUGCCCUUUUUGACCAUAUAGUACACAGUUAUAGAAGGCAAAUGAUCUAUAAUCGUACUCUCCGGUGUCAUGAUGAUGAUGGAUCAGUUCACUUUUGAGUCUGAUUCCUGUCAAUGUGUCUUCGUCAUAUAUCAUCACUUCUGGCUUAUUCAUUAGAGAUAUGUUUAAAAUGCAAAUGAUUUGAAAUUGAGUUUCAUUUUGUAUUCUAUUGCACAGUUCAUUACAACAUUCAACAAAACCAGCUGAAUUAUGGAUGUUGAAGAUGCAGUACUGGGGAAACAAUGCAGCUGUUAUCAGAUCAGUGGUUUGCAUUUCCUUUUCUGAAUGUGAUAUAAACAUUCUACUAAAAAUAAAAAAUUUUAAUGUC